AGUACGAAAGAAAAAAAGAUGAAGAAAACGGUGGUAAAUAACGCAUAAAACGAUAAUUACAGAUAGCGGCAGCCACAGCCUCGGAGAUCGACAGCCGAGAGAACUCGAGAAUGGUCGUCGACAGCCUAAAAGCAGGAGCUUACGACGUGUCCCUCUUCCUUACUACGUAUAAUGUCACUUCGACGCAGGUCACAAUAUCUUUGCGGAAAGCUGGUACCAGCAAUGAAACCAUUGUUGAGAUCUUCCAAAUCCCGACCACAAAUGCGAACCUGUCACAACCACAACAUGAGCACAGCUUUGUGUACCAUGCUCGGCAUACAAUAAGCAUGUUAAAGCCAGACAAUGAGUAUGAGAUGUGUCUAUCUGCUAGUGAUUUGCAGCAUGAAGGGACUCCUUUAAUAUACGAAGGAUGCUACAGAGUUAUGACACUUCCUGCUGUUGACAAUACAACGGGAAUAUAUGUAGCUCUAAUAGCAAUGGCCGUUUUGCUUGUGACUGCUGCAUUUAUAUGGGGAUUAUACCAUCUGUUUCUCCGCAAGUUUCUUUCUGAUAUCUUUUCAGGAAAACUAAGGAUAAGUACUCCGAGACCAGAACCUCAGUUUAAUGGUGCCCUACCAGAAUCUCAAGACAUUGAAAGAGCAUGAAAUGCCUGAUUUUCCUCCAGAAUCUUCAAUAAUAGACAAUGAAAAUAUCAUUGUUUCAUAGCUUUCAGUGAUAACAUACCAGACUUUUCAAGGGGUGUCAUCAUUGUACAUUCCAAUUCCUUAUUAUAAACAAACAUUUUCAAUAUGUAUUGAUUCUUUUCUGUAUUAUUUAUUCACAUAUUUCUAGUCUUUAUUUCUUCCAACCUUUGUACCUGGAGGAUCUCCUAACUGUGCUUCAAGAAGUGAGAAAAAUCAUAUAUAAUACAGAAUAAUAAUAAUAAUAAUAAAAAAAAA